GAGCUUGACUUGGUAUGUCUGCUCAUAGGAAAUUUUAGGUAUAACAUUGACACCUGUCACGCAUGCAUGUAAGGACCUCAUUCGUUAGCAUCGCAAUAAUGUGAACGGGUAGUUGCAUACGUUAAAUGUGACGAUAAAUCUAUAGCUACCAACGAAAAUCGGCGCGAGUUCCAAUAACUUCCAUACUUUGCUGCAUGGAUCAGCUGACCUUAGCUGCAUGGAACAAAUCAUCUUAGGCCCAGAAACAUGCUCUGCUAGUGUUUAAUAUUUUUUUAAUAGGGGGUUGCGAGAGCUUAGAGCAAAAGCCCGCAGGGACAAUGGCGUCGAAAAGACACGCCACACAUCCUUCGAAGAUAGCCGAAUCGGAUAUUACUACGUGAGAUAUGACUUAUCACACUUCUCGCAUCGUAACUGUGGGAGGGUACAUUGAUGAAGAAUUUCCUAGGCCGGCCGAUGUACCCAGGAGAUUACUGACCUUAAAUAUGCCCACAAACCAUGCCAGAAGGACGAUACUUAAGCAGGAAUAACUGCAAUCUGAAGAACGAAGACGCAGACAUCAUGAGCUGAGGAGAGCUCUAAUACGAUCACCUAGAUAUGCCUGAUCAAGCAGAGAUUCGUCCCGGUAGAAGAAACCGAGAAGGUUGUAGCAUACAGGGAAGACAUGGACAGCCCACCCAAGCCGACACCAGCAUGACCCCAGCAAUUAACGGGAGAGGACAACUUACUGUCGACACAUCAAUCCAAGACGCCCUAGAAAGGGAAAUCGUCCUUGAUAGUACGGAUUAUAGCUCGGAUGAACACAAACUACCGUCUGAGCAGAUGCACGAACCCGACAAUCAUGGAGCACUUCACGGUGGCGAUAGCGAACGGCUGGUCCACGAUAGACAUCCACACCUUGCUUGCUCCUCCUUCACACAGGCCUUCUCCAUCCAACAGCCUGCGAACGGUUCCAAUUACGCUAUUUCAGAGGGUAUUAAUAUUGAUACCGAAAAACAACCUGAAGGAAUUGAAAUCCAUAGGCCGACACCCACGUGUAUAAACUUGGAGCAAUACCUAGCUCAGCAGCAGGUUGUCGGGAACCACGCGUUGGAAUCCUGGGAGGCUGAGACUUUAUACGAUGGCCCUCUUCGACUAAUUCCUCAACUCGCUAAUCCCGGUGACUGGCUUCUUCAAGUAAGAGCCGACAACGAUCAUUAUCGGGAAAGCGACCUGGAGACAGUAAGGGAUGAAACUCGUAACGGGAUUUACGAUUAGGGGUAUCGACUGGCUGAGCAUUAUCUACUAUAAGAAUUUAAGCUAAUUCAAAGGUUCUUUGGGGUAAUGGUAACUGGGUACUAAGAAAUCGCUUCCAGGAGAAGUCUUUAAACUAGGUAGCUCAUGUAUAGUUCGUGUUUAGCUCGUGUAUAGUUCAUGUAUAGGUGGGAGGGCAAGUCAGUAGUUAGGUAAUAAGAGCUCGUGACCCUUUUGAGGCUUUGCAAAUCUCCGAAGAGCCCCGUUGAUAAUUUGAAGCUAGAUGCUAACCUAAUAAAAUGUAGUUAUUAUUUUACUACAUGCAUCCUUUAUUUCGCCGCAACCCACUUCGUCGUUGUGGUACUUCCCAGCACUCCAGUUUUCUUGACCACAUGUUCGCCCUACUUACUAGUAAUCGCCUCAGCCCUUCUACCGUACAGUGCAAAAAUAAUAGUAGCGAGGUGGGUAUUGAAUUAUCAAAUUCAAAAGAUUUCUAGAGAAUGUACCGCAAAAUUAACUA